GCAUGUUGGUAUGGGGCGUCACAUUACUCGGCAGCCCACACAUUCACUUUGCCUUCGCUUUUGCCUUUGUGCUGUAACUUGCAAGGAACGUCGGCGAGAGAGCGGGGGUCAGGCGCACAGAAACUCCGUCGCCCGUGCGCGCGGCCACCCGCCGCCCCGGAGACCACACCGGCCACCGGCGCUCCCGACGAUGGCGUCCAGGUGCUUCUUCCCGAGGGACGCGGCCGCCGACGGCGGCCGGCACCAGCAGUCGAAGGCCGCGGCGGAGGCGCUCGAGCAGCUGCACCACGGCGGGCGCCUCCUGUCCAGGGAGGACGUGGGCGGCGCGGUGCGCGUCAAGAUCGUGGUCAGCAAGCGCGAGCUCAAGCAGAUGGUCGCGGCGCUCGGCGACGGCGCUGGCGGCGCGGUGACCGCGGCAGCGGCGGCGGCGGCGGCCACCAGCGAGCGGCACCGGCGGCAGCGCGCGGCGACGGCGGGGGGCGGCUCGUCGUGCGCGGCGGGAGCGGCAGGAGGGCCGGGCGCCGAGCAGAGGCUGCAGUCGCUGCGGCGGCGCAGCAUGCGGAGGGCCGCCGAGGCCGCGCGCCGGAUGCAGGCCAGCGGGGAGUGGGAGCCCGGCCUGCAGAGCAUCCCCGAGGAGGUUUUCUGAACUGAUGAUGACUGCCAGUACCAGACCAGUAGAUGAUGGUGGCGUUCUUUUCUUUGAUGGGCUAGUAGUAAUCUCUCUUGACUAAUUAAUGGGUUGGGGUUGGGUACGUUUUGAUCACUGCCUUGAUGCUAAGUGCUACUAGUAGAUGCAUGUGUACAGCGCUGUUUUGCUUUGGGCCCUCGUUAUCAUGGCUCCAAUGGCUGCUUCAUAGUCCUCGGCGAGUUUCUGCAUUUUGCUGCCCUGUGAAUUUUUUUUGCUUUUGUUUGUUUUUGGUAUGAACCAACCAAAAGAGGAGGAAAUUAAGAGAUGUGUUUUGGACCUUGGAUCACAAUGCAAGUGCUGAUGAUUGAUGAACUGCGGGCAUGAUCUCAAUUCUGUAGUCUAACCUGUUGAUGAAAUGAUGGGGUGAUGGGUUAUGUGAGGAGGUGGUGGUUCAGAGUAGCUGACGCCUGCCGGUGCCAGGAUUUUCUUCUGUU